AUGGCAGAACUCACACUGGAGAGAAACCCUAUAAAUGUGAAGAGUGCGGCAAGGGCUUUGGUUAAUCUUCGUGUUCAUCAGAGGGUCCACAGGGGUGAGAAACCCUGUAUCUGUGAGGAGUGCGGGAAGGGCUUCACUCAGGCCGCCCACUAUCACAUCCAUCAGAGGGUCCACACUGGGGAGAAACCUUAUAAGUGUGAUGUCUGUGGGAAAGGCUUUACUCGAAAUACAGAUCUUCACAUCCAUUUUCGGGUUCACACAGGAGAGAAACCCUACAGAUGUAAGGAGUGUGGGAAGGGCUUCAGCCAGGCUUCCAAUCUUCAAGUCCAUCAGAACGUCCACACGGGGGAGAAACGAUUCAAAUGUGAAACUUGUGGGAAGGGCUUCAGUCAGUCUUCAAAGCUGCAAACCCAUCAGAGAGUCCACACUGGGGAGAAACCCUACAAAUGUGAUGUGUGUGGAAAGGGCUUCAGUUACAGUUCCAACCUUAAACUGCACCAAGUAAUUCACACGGGAGAGAAGCCAUACAAGUGUGAGGAGUGUGGGAGGGGCUUUAGUUGGAGAUCAAAUCUUCACGCUCAUCAGCGAGUCCACUCAGGAGAGAAGCCUUACAAAUGUGAGGAGUGUGGGAAAGGCUUUGGCAGGAGCUUGAAUCUUCGCCGUCAUCAGAGGGUGCACACGGGAGAGAAGCCCCAUAAGUGUGAGGAGUGUGGUAAGUCCUUUAGUCUCCCCUCAAAUCUUAGAGUCCAUCUGAGUGUUCACCUUAGGGAGAAACUAUUUACAUGUGAGGAGUGUGGGAAGGGCUUCAGUCAGAGUUCACGUCUUCAGGCCCAUCUGAGAGUCCACACUGGAGAGAAACCGUACACGUGUGACGUAUGCGGGAAGGACUUCAGUCACCGCUCACGUCUCACGCACCAUCAGAAAGUCCACUCUGGCAAGAAUCGUUAAGAAUGAGAAAUGUGUU